AUGAACGGCUUCGCAAUGGCAGGUCAAUGGAGCUAUAUUGAUGGAGAGCCAAGCCCAGAAAACGCAUUUUACAACCCAGCGCCACCAGAAAACUAUUUGCAUGGUGCAACCGAAUUUGAAGAGACAGAAUUGGCUCUACUCCAGAGCUUAGCGGGUGAUUAUCAGCUGCUUCCAUACCCACUUGUGGAUAUAGAAGUGGGUCCUCUGCCACAGGAGGAGGAGGACAUGCUGGUUGGUUCAGGCAGUGGUCCCGAUGAGGGCGUUGGUUCCGAUGUAGAUGACACCGAGCUGGCCUUACAGCAGAGCAUCUCAGGUCAUCGUCAACUACUUUCAAACCCCUUCGUUGACACAGAAGUGGGUGAAGGUAUGGGUCCUCGACUAGAGAAGGAGGCUGCUGGUCCAGACAAUGGCCCAGAUCUCGAACUAGGUCCAGCUAUUGGUCAUGGCGUUGAUUCAGAAGUAGAUGACACCGAGCUGGCCUUGCAUCAGAGUAUCUCAGGGCAUCGUCAACUGCUUUCACACCCCUUGGUUGACACAGAAGUGGGGGAAUAUGUGCGUCCUCCACUAGAGGAGGAAGUUGCUGGUCCGGGCGAUGGCCGCGCCGAACUAGAUCCAGCUUUUGGUCAGGGCGUUGGUUCCGAAGUAGAUGACGCCGAGCUGGCCUUACUACAGAGUAUCUCAGAUCAUCGUCAACCACUUCCACCACACCCGCCCGUUUACGUCCUGCUUGGACGAGGCACUAGGGUAAACGUUUUCCCCGGAAAUAACGUGUAUCGCGGAGAAAUAAGCAGGUUUCUGGACUAUCAUAGCAGCCUAACAAAGCCACAGAAAACUCGACUGGUCCACAAUUUGGUUGAAUCUUUGUUGUCUCGAGGCUUCCGAUUUCUUAGACAAGAGGACGGGCAAGAGGAGGAUAAGAAAGAGGUGCUGUGUAAAAAGGUGUCUCAUUCCUUUCGAACUUUGAAAAAGGGAAGGAGGAUUUGA